AUGAGGAUCGUUGAUGGCCAAAUCGUACUCGCCGAGAGUUCCCUCCAACUCGAUCGUCACAAGCGCGCAGAAGCUGAAAGCGAAGUCAUGUUAGAAGUUGAAGAAAACGAAUUCUCGCAUAUGACUACGUCCGGGUCAUACAUGAAGCGGGAACGAACACAAGCGUGGGACGACGUUGACAACGCGACUUUCUACCAGGGUCUUGCGCAGUUCGGCACCGAUUUCGAGACGAUAGCUAAGCUAUUCCCGUCCCGCAGCCGAAGGCAGAUCAAGUUGAAGUUCAACAACGAAGAGAGGAAGAAUCCGUUGAAGAUAAACCAGAUCCUCAUGGGCAAGCCGCAGAGCAUUGAUCUCGUGGGUUUCGAAGAGAUGAGCGGCUUGAAGCUGGAG